AUGGCUGAACCAGUUGGCAGCCAGUAUGUUGUGGCGCGGCCAGUGUAUCAAGACAUCUUAUUUGAUGAAGAACAUGAGAAAGUGCACAGAUAUCACAAAACUUUCAUGGAUCAUCUCCGAGUAUGUUUUAGCUGCACUCCACAGAAGGCAAAGAAAAUUGCUCUAAAUUUGUUUCCCAUCAUAUCCUGGCUCCCUGCAUAUCGUGUUAAGGAUUGGAUCCUUAGUGACAUUGUCUCAGGAAUUAGCACGGGACUAGUUGCUGUCUUACAAGGUCUUGCCUUUGCUUUGCUAGUAAAUAUACCUCCAGGCUAUGGACUGUAUGCAGCCUUUUUCCCAGUGAUUAUCUAUUUUUUCUUUGGCACUUCCAGACAUAUUUCAGUUGGUCCUUUCCCUGUCCUGAGCUUAAUGGUAGGAGCAGCAGUUUUAAGAAUCGUCCCAGAUGCAGAGACACCUGAAAACGGGAUAGUCGAAAACAAUGCCACUCAAAAUGAUUCAUUGGCUACUCAGAAAAGAGUAAUGGUAGCGGUAUCUGUGACUGUGCUUGCUGGCAUCAUUCAGCUGCUGUUGGGUGUCCUGCGGAUUGGUUUCAUAGUUAUGUAUUUAUCUCAAUCAUUAAUAAGUGGAUUCACAACAGCUGCAGCUAUCCACGUAGUAAUGUCUCAGCUGAAAUUCAUGUUUCAACUGUCAGUUCCAGGUCAUAACACUCCAUUGGGAAUUAUAUGGAUCCUAAGAGAUGUAUUUAGUCAAAUAACCAAAACAAACGUUGCCGAUCUCGUCACAUCACUUAUCAUCCUGGUCAUCGUAUUUGUGGUCAAAGAAUUGAAUGAACGCUACAAAGCCAAGCUCCCAGCACCGAUUCCCAUUGAACUCAUUGUGACAGUCAUAGCAACUGCACUAUCCUACGUCUUCAAAUUUGAAAAACGAUUUCAGGUAGCCAUUGUGGGAGAGUUAGAUGCGGGCUUCAAGGCUCCUGUCGCACCAGAUGUGGGUAUGCUCCAAAGCUGUUUGGGUGAUGGUUUCUCCAUUGCCAUUGUUGGCUUCGCCGUAGCCUUUUCGGUAGCUAAAGUGUAUUCCAUCAAGCACGAUUACCCCAUUGAUGCCAACCAGGAACUAAUCGCCUUUGGAAUAGGCAACAUCGUUGGUGGUUCGUUCAAAGGAUUUGCUGCAAGCACUUCACUGUCGAGGUCUGGUGUACAGGAAAGCACAGGAGGCAAAACACAGAUUGCUGGACUCCUCUCUGCAGUCAUUGUCAUGAUUGUCAUCCUUGCCAUUAGUCAUCUCUUGGAACCACUGCAAAAGUCCGUCCUUGCAGCUCUGGCUCUUGGCAAUUUAAAAGGAAUGCUGAUGCAGUUCAAAGAGAUUGGAGUUUUGUGGAAAAAGGACAAGUAUGACUGUUUUAUCUGGAUUGUUACCUUCCUGGCUGCUAUUUUACUGGGGCUGGAUCUUGGACUUGCAGCGGGGCUCGGAUUUGAACUCCUGACUGUUAUAUUCCGUGCACAGUUUCCAAAGUGCACACUCCUAGCCAGUGUUGGAAGAAAAGAUAUCUACAGAAACAGAAAGGAUUACACAGAUAUAUAUGAGCCAGAGGGAGUGAAGAUCUUCAGAUGUCCAUCCCCAAUCUUCUUCGCUAAUAUUGACUUCUUCAAGGACAAAUUGACAGCAGCUGUCGGUUUCAAACCAUUGAGGGUGCUACGCAAGCGUAACAAAGCUCUGAGGAAAAUCAGAAGGAUGCUGAAGAAAGGAGAGCUUCAAGUGACACCUAAAGGUUUUAUUUGCACUGUUAAUGCUGUGAAUGAUUCCGACGAAGAACUGGAUAACAACCACAUUGAAGAACUGGAUCAGCCUACAGAUACCAAAGACUUGCCAAUUCAGAUAGACUGGUCUUCCAGCCUUCCUCCCAGCAUCACAGUUCCAACAGUCGAUAUUCACAGCCUCGUUCUUGAUUUCUCUGCAGUGUCAUUUCUUGAUGUUUCUGCAAUGAGAGUCCUCAAAGAGACUUUGAAAGAGUUUAUCCGGAUUGAUGUGGAUGUAUAUAUUGUAGGAGCACAUGAGGGCCUUCUGGACAAACUAGAAAGAUGUGGAUUUUUUGAUGAUGAAAUUAAGUCAUCUAUGUUCUUCCUUACUAUUCAUGAUGCUGUUAUAUAUAUAAUGAUGAAAAAGGGCAUUGUGGAAAGCUUACCAAAGUACACAUCCAUUAUGGAAAAGGAAAACAAAGAUCAUUUUAUAAUCAAUACAAAUGGAGGACUACGUAAUCGGGAAUUCAUGGCACCACCAGAAACAAAAUUUUAAUUAUCAUAAUUUUUUGCAAUGAGAAAGGAAACGGCCGGAAUAUUAAAAGCUGGGAAAUAACAGAAGCGUUGCCACUAUAGUGAACGAUUUCAGGAAAGCACUGUGUACAUAUCAGUCUGUCUGUGUAUAUAUAUAUGUAGAAC